AUGUCUAGCUGUCGUUAUACGGAUGGUCAAGAUGAACCAGUCGACAAACUGUUAAUACCAAUUAAAGGUUACCAAGAUCAGCCAUUAUUACCUUUGGAAGAUACUGUUCGUCCAAUUGCACAUUUGUUCAUUGAUAUCCAAGAUUAUGUUUACACCGCAAAACAAAACUGUAAAACACCAACUGAUGGUUUGACACCGGAUGAAUCAGCUGCUAUUUAUUUGUACACAAUGGAGUUUGAUUCGGGACUCAGUAUUUAUCACGUACUCAAUGAAUCACUCCGGUCAGAGAAACGAGAGAUACUUAAGCCGUGGUUUCGUUAUCUCAAAUUAUUCCUUACUGGUCUUCAUAAACUAUCACCACAACCUCAGACGGUCUUUAGAGGAGUGAAAGGUGUUGACCUGAGUACAAAAUAUUGUACAGGUGUCAAAUUCACCUGGUGGGGAGUAUCGAGCUGUACAACCACUGUCGAUGUAUUGAAUGAGGAACAUUUUCUGGGCCAACUCGGUACUCGUACUCUUUUCUCAAUUGACUGUUUGAAUGGAAAAUCAAUCAAGUCUCACUCAUUCUUUGGUGACAAAGAGCAAGAGAUAAUUUUAAUGCCUGGCAGCUAUUUUGAAGUUUGUGGCCAACUGAAAUUGAGUAGCGAUUUACAUAUGAUUCAACUCAAAGAAAGAAAACCACCAAUUGAUUUCGUAAAACCGCCAUUUGAAAAAAUCUCUGGUAAUUAG